GGGGUAAAUACGGAAGUGAUGGUCAUAUUUACGCCACGACCUGGCUUCUGCCCUGCCAACUGAGACAUAAGACAGAAAAAAAAGACCUGAAAUGGCCAAGUCCGCGUGAAGAUCACGCCGUGAGCAGACAUGAAAUCUGUGUUUGUUACUGUGGGCACGACAAGCUUUGACGACCUCAUCAAGGAAAUCACCUCCAUUGAGGCCAUUAAGGCAUUAAAGCAUCGCGGCUAUGAACGUUUGGUUCUCCAGGUGGGAAGAGGUGCCGUUCUGCCGGAUCCUAAGAACUUUCCGCACGUCACCAUGGAGGUUUUUCGCUUCAAGGACUCCAUAGCCAAGGACAUGGAACAGGCAGAUCUCAUCGUCAGUCAUGCGGGGGCCGGAAGUUGCUUGGAAGCACUGGGCGCUGGCAAAGCCCUGCUGGUGGUGGUCAAUGACAAGCUGAUGGACAACCACCAGCUGGAACUGGCCCGACAGCUGCACAAGGACUCGCACUUGCUCUACUGCACUUGCCUAACGCUGACAGAAACCCUGAAGAGCAUGGACCUUUCCGUCCUUCAGCCUUUUGUGCCAGGUCAGCCAAAGAAAUUUGCAGACUUUAUGGACAAAGCACUUGGACUCAAGCUGGGUGAAGAUCUUUCAAGUGACAGCAGGGCUACACUGCAUUGUAUUGUUUUAAUGCAGAAACAAACACAUCCCAUUACGAGUGCCUUGGUAUCAUGUCAAAUCUGAAAGGUAAGCCGAUCUGCAAUGAUUUUUGAUGGGUAUACACAUUAGCAAUAGUUGCAAUUGUUAGCUUAUGCUAAGCGACAUGAUUGUUCUGUGACGUUGUUCCUGGAAUAUUUUGACAGAAGCAUGGCACAAACAUGUUAUGAGUACUACUGGGAAGUGUUGCGGUAUUUCUCCUUUAUUUUCAUAUCCUCACCAAGGAACAGCAGUUUUAUUUUGUUUAAUUUUUAAUCAAUCUAGUGCUCCAUCUUGUGUAUGUGGGCCAAAGUGCAAUUCAGGCUGUUUUGUCUAUGCGCUAUCAAUGUCACCUCAGUCUUGUGUGUUUUGCAGACCUCGCACCAGUAAAGGCAAUGAAGCAUCAUACUCAUAGAUCACUUUCUACACUUCUCAGGAUGUAAAAAUACACAUAGUCAGUCAACCUUUGCUUGGCAAUGCAUCAUAUACUGUAGUGACCACAUUAUAAAAAAACAAUUGCUGUUUUUACCAUACCAACACCCUUUAAACAUUUAGGCUUAUUGAAAACACACUUUUAAAGUAUUGGUUAGUGCGUGUUCUUAUGCUCUCCCUAAUCAUUUAACAUCACUUUGAGGAAAAGAAGAGUUCUUUAUCCUGUACAAAUUAGAGGCACGGUGUGCUUGCCUCCAGUUGAACUGAUACAUCCCAAACGUAAACAUUACUCAUAUUAUUUUGUCUAACAAAGGUUUGCGAGCAUUUUAAUAGAUAGCAGAAAACAUUAUUGGAUGGGCUAACAGAAAUUUGCAUGUUUGGGGUAUCGUGUCGCUCAAUUUUGUUUUUUUUUAGACAAGUGUUGAUCAGGCUUUUGCUGAUGAUGAUCGCAAGGAAGAGAAAUGCUCACAUUUUGCUUAUGUAUGGCUUUGAUUGAGAUAUUUCCAACUCUCUUAAUUCAGCACAGAGAAUAAUAGUAUUAAGCACUUGAGUCCCACCCCCACCUAGCUAGCAGAUGGCUCCUAACUGAUUGUUAGCCGUCUGCUUGUUCAGACCGGUUCUGCCAGCCUGUUCAAUAGGAUCCACAUGAUGUUUGCGCAAAGCCUCAAGUAAUUUAAUAAAGGUGGACACUCGCUCUUUCUCUCAGGCUGUCGUGCGUGACUGCUAUUUUGUUUUUUCCCCUCCUUCCAUUGCGCUUCUUUUGAAAUCUUGCAUUGCUGCCAGACAGUGAGUUGGUUGUACGAAGCAACUCUAUGUGCCCCCCCCCCCCACACUUUUUUUUGGGGGGGGGCACAAUGACAGGAGUUGAGGGCUUACUGUACGGCUGUACUGUUAUUUAUAAUAAAUGGAAUUUUUUUAUGUUG